AACAAGAGACGAGGAUGAGGAACACUGAUCACUCAGCAUCUCUGACAAGAGCAACAUUAAUUUGUUCGUUGUAUGGUGUACUUCGAAUACUUCUAAAUUCAUCAAUAAAAGAUACCUCUUCCUUAAUGACAUUCCAUCACAUAAUCUAUGUAUCGACAAUAAGCUUGCUAACACUCGCAACUUCCGUCACUGGUGGAUCAGUGGCUGUGUUUGGAAAUCGUGGAGGUGGUGGAUAUGGUAAAACAUCAGACAAUUGGGCAGUAUUGUCACCUGGGACGCAAAUAUUUCUCAUGAUUCUUGGCGUCAUUUUGGGAUUGUUCGGCCUUUAUGGAUUGUACAGAUUUCUUAAAUGGUGUGGAAUAAAGCCAAGGAAGAUUAAUGGAUGAAUUAUCGCCAAUAGAUCCCAGUGCACUAAUUUGGAACAACAUAAAUCCUUUGUUUUUUCUCUUUCUUCAGGUCGCAAGUACAAAACAGUAAUAGAAUUACGUCUUUGUCACCAAUUAAAUGUAGUUACCCCAGAUGUCUUUCAUCUUCAUAUAAGAGACAUUUUUGAUGGAAUUUGUUAUACUUUGGUGUUAACAUUCAAUUCCGAAUUUGAAAUGAUUAAAACGUAAUUGUUUUCUUUAAAGUCUCUGUAAAUAUUCCAAUGUAUAUAAAAAUAUUUUUUAUGAAUUUCAAAUAUCUUGAAAUUGUUGCAUGAUUCAAUAGAUAAAGAAUUAUUCCUAUUGUUUUUAAAGGCUUUGGGGGGAAUGAUCUAUCAAAGUCUUAUAUGAACUAUUGUCAAAAGAAUUUUUUUUGAAAGUGAAAUACUAUUAGUUAUUUACAAGUAGUAUCGUGAUUUAUAUUUACCAUUACCGUUUUUCUGGUAGCAGAAUUUGCAGCAAAUUUCUGAAUUGCAUAAUUGCAUUUCUUAAUUGCAUUCUGCAGCAUGUUUAUUGUAACACUAUUAUUGUAAAUUAUCCAUUAAUUUAAUUAAUAGAUGAUUUAAUUAAUUAAUUAAUUAAAUUAUCUAUUCAUUAGACUAAAUUAUUUAUUUAAGUCCAUUAAUUAAAUAAUAGACUUAAUGUAGCAUGUUUACAAUGAAACUAGAAAAUAUAAGGUGGAUAAAAAUUAUACAGAAAAAAUGUUGUUAAAAAUGCAUUAUUUGGAUUAAAAUUUUUAUACACUUUUAAAUAAAUGAAAUAAUUGAAACUUGAAAAAUGGAAUUAGUCUAUAUUAAGUUUAUAAAUAAACGUUUAGAGUUUACGAAAAUGUGGAAUUUAUAUUGUAUUUUAAAUUUUUUAUUUUUCACCUUCUCAGCUAUUUAAAGAACAUUAUUUGGAUUUUUUGAAGGACAGUCAUCAAUUUUCUUUUGCUUAUAUAUAUAUGCAGAAGGACAACCAUUUUUUUAAGAACCUGUAACAAGUAGUCAGUCAUUGAGUUAGUUUAGGAAUUAAAAAUGAAUUACAGGUUCUCGUCUCAGUAAUAUUUUCGGCUUGUUUAAAAAAAAAAUCUUAUAUAAUAAAUAAUCUCCAGUCUCUGCGAUAAACGUUUCAAUUCUAAAUGAAAAAUAAUACUCUGCAGAUGCCCUGAUAAUCAGCAGAGCCCGUUGCCGGUCUGGAAGAUUUCUGCUACCGGGGCCAUGUACCCCACUGAUGUUAUCUUAAACAAUGACAUGAAACUAGUAUGUUCACAGCACUUGUUAACAUGCUACACUGGAAGUAAUAAAGUAACUGAUAAUGUAGGCAGUUCCUAAAGUGACCAGUGGUUUAAAAAAUAAAGAAGAAUCAGAAGGAUAUGAAAAUGUACGUUUUGCUGCUUGCUGUGUUCUGCUUAGAAAAGCUGUUCCUUAAUUCUCACUCAAAGUUAAUUAUAAGAGUCGUCUGGUACUGAUUCUCAAGUUUUAAAUUUAGUUAUAAAACUAGUUAUAAAAUUCCUCAACAUUGUUUCAAUAAAAUGUUUUCACAAUAAUAAUUAAAUUAAUGCAGUUCAGUCUAAUUACAAAAUACACAGUUGAUCCAGCAAAUCUUUCGGUUGGAAUAAUCUUACAUGCAUUAGAGAACCAAGCUUCAUAAUUUUUCAAAUAAGAAGCGCCAUCUGUUGAGGGACUUUGUCUCUAAUUUUCAAAUUUUGAGAAAAGAAAAAUGGCUGAUUUACUAAGCAGAAUCCUGAAACUAUUUUUAUUUGGCUGAUUUUUAAAACCACCGGUCAUUUUUGGGGUUUCGGUAAAAAUAUAUUGUAAAUCAGUGAACAUGUUAAAUGAAGUUAGUAGUUAUUUUUUUGUGCAGUUAUUUUUAUUGUAGUUACUAUUUUUUAUUGUAGUUACUACUUUUUAUUGUGGUUAUUUUUUAAAUGUGUCACUUACGUUCAAUUUCAUAGUUUAUUUAUUUUCAGUACUAAUAAUUCACUCGUUUCUAAUGCCAUAACGUAGCUUUAUAUUUAUUAAACUAACGGGUGUUAAUCGGAUACCACAAAUAUUAAAAUGGUGGAUUUUAAAUAAAAGAGCUCCUUGUUGUUGCUGUAAAACGUUACGAUAUAUAACUGCAUAAUAAACAACUAAUAUAUUAAGAUGUUUAAAAAUAAACAUUGCAUUUAAUUUAUGAAGUCAAUACAGUUUGUUUUAGUGCAAUAUGGGGUUCUUAAAAUUAACAGGAUAAAUUAUAAUUGUACAGUAUAAGAAAUACGACAAAAAUAGUGGACCGAAAAGGAAUGUAGCAUAAAAUAUAGACCUCAAGCAAAACUUUUCUAGAUUUUGAGGGUUUGAAUACGAAUAUCUUACUGAUUUUGAGGCAACUUAAAUGGUUUCUUACAAAAAUUUUUCUUAAUGUCAAAGUGGGUGGUGAAAUGUUAAAGUAUGUGCCUCUUUCAUGAAAUCCCAGGCUCAAAAUCGACGGUUGACAUUGUGGCGUAACUACCACUAUAAAUAUUAAAUACCGAUUCACUAGUAUAUAAGACAGGUUAACUUGAUUCCAUCUUGAGGUACCUUUUGAUGGAUGAAGGUUGACACAGUCGAUAAUAGAAUCCCCUUAUUGGUGACCUCCGGACGUGAUAAGAACAUGCCAACACUGAUGGAUAGUCCACAU